AUGAAUCCAAAUCAAAAAUCAGCUGUAGUUUUAGAAACCACAAUGGGAAUCAUCGAAUUAGAAUUAUAUUGGGAUCAUGCACCAAAAACGUGUAAGAAUUUUAGUGAAUUAGCUAAAAGAGGUUAUUAUAAUGGUACAAUCUUUCAUAGAGUUAUAGCAGAUUUCAUGGCACAAGGUGGUGAUCCGACUGGUACAGGUAGAGGUGGUAAAUCGAUUUAUGGUGAUAAAUUUGAAGACGAAAUCCAUCCUCAAUUACGUUUUACAGGCGCAGGAAUUUUAGCAAUGGCCAAUUCAGGUCCCAACACAAAUGGAUCUCAAUUCUUUUUAACAUUAGCUCCAACCCCUCAUUUAGAUAGAAGACAUACGAUCUUUGGAAGGAUCAAUAGAGGUAUGAAAGUAUUAGAAAGACUUGGUGCAGUUACAGUUGAUUCAGAAGAUAGACCAAGAGAACCUGUCAAGAUCAUUCGUACUCAAAUCUUGGAACAAAGUUCAUAG